AAAUCUAAGAUACCCACUAACCCACCCUUCUCCUCCAUGAAACUGUCGCCGCACAACCAUGUCCAACUCGCCCGAAUCACACCCAAAAUCGGGCGAAUCGACUCGCUGAGUUUGCUGGUCCCCCCAACCUCUCUCUCUCUCUCUCUCUCUCUCUCUUCACCACUUCAUCCAAACCACGUGAAGAAUAUUCUCGAACUAAUUUCUUUCUUCUCACUCGUUUUUUGCACGUGCGACUGAGAAUCUCUUCGAGUAUGUGACAUGACGAAUGGGAAGCGUGGGAUUAAUCUAAAUCGAUCCUAGCCUUCCAUUCAACCACGCGCUUACUUGGUUGAGAGAUUUUUCGGUUCCUUGGAGAGAAAGGCUGGAGGUUUCCAGGUUCGAUAUAUAAGGGGUUUGUUUACAUAUUUGGGAGGGGGGAUUUCUUGAGAGAAAAGCUAGGAUUUUGGGGUUUUGAUUUUGAGUCCUCCUCUUCAGCUAAUUUUCAGUUUGUUCAUAGAUAAAAAAGGGCUCUGUUUCGUGUUGAUAAUCAGAAAAUAUUUAAAAAAAAAAAAGUUAGCUCUUUCUGGUUCUUGUUUAUAUUUUUAGAAGUCAGAAAAAUAAAAAAAAAAGAACAACACAAAAAAAAAUAUAGUCCAUUUUUUCUCUUGAAUGCCAAUUUCUGAUUUAAGCAUGGAGUUUGAUUGAACUUUGGUGUUGUUCGAAUUUUUGGAGUCGCCGCUAUGUUUCGGGUCGUGGCUCGUGGUUUCUGUUCGAAGAUCCUGCUGAGUUUCUCUGUUCCGGAUUCGCUCGAUCCAAGGUUGUAACUGCAGAAAUUUUGUUAAUUGAAGCUGCAUUUUCAGGUAUGGACCCGCUGAUUCGAUCCAAAGUGCUGAUGGUAGUAAACAUUCCCAGAAAAUUGAUCAAGUGGUGGAAAAUGUUUUCAUUGUUAGGCAACAUGAGUUAAUGCAAAAAUUAGGCACCCUAACUUAUUUUCUUGAUAUCACAUCUCUCCCAGACUUAGCGGAGGCGAUGCUGACUUAUUGGGAUCCGCAAAAUUUUAUUUUCAGAUUUGGAUAGUGUGAGAUGACUCCUACCUUGGCGGAAAUAUCUGGUCUCACUCGUUUAAGCUAUAUAGGCAAGGACAUGAUACUUCCCCGAGACCACUCUAGGAAAAGAUUACUCAGCGACCUCGGCCUGAAAGAUAAUAAGCAUUUAAAAUGUCUCGAGCAGUCCUGGAUAUCCUUGGAUUAUUUGUUUGCUAGAUUUGGACCAUAUGAUAGUUUUGACGUCUUUUGGGAUGAGUUCUGCACAACCAAGGAAAAGUGGCAAAUACAUCGCCUCGAAGCUUUCAACCUUGCUUUGUUGGGAUUAUUGGUUUUUCUAUUAGAUGAGAGGCACAUUAGCACCCGUCUGCAGUCAGUGGUAAUGGCACUAUUUCAUGAGAAGCAACGCAAAACCGUUACCAUUGUGCCGAUGAUCUUAGCAGAGUUGUACCGAUCCCUGAGUGAGGUUAGGGGAGGUGUCAGAUAUUUUGAGGGAAGUAACCUUUUGCUACAACUUUGGAUGAUUAAGCAUUUGCACACCACUUCCUUACUUUGUCCCAUUGACAGUGCCUUGAGGGAUCGGGUGGUAUGCAUCGAGCGUAGGAUGAAAUCUCCUAAGUUUACAUACCCAGUAGGCGUCACGGCUUGGAUUGAGUUCCUUGGUUUGAGGACAAAUGGGAAUGUUUUGUGGGCUUACCUUUGGCUACCUUUGGAUGAUAUCUUGGUAGGGUGCCUCAUGCAGCCUUUCCUGAUGCUGAUAGGACUCAAGUGUGUCAAGACGUACACCCCCGUUAGGGUAAUGCGGCAGUUGGGCAGAAGAUAAGAGGAGCCUCCAACUUUGAAUCUUCGGAAGCACAUUAUGAAUUUUAGCAAAAAGGCGGCUGACGAAAUCAAGUAUGUGCAAUACUGGAACAAUACAAAGAGGAUGAAGAAAAAUACAUUAGUAGAGGACGUUGGCAGGCCCAAGUGUACUCAGGAGCACUUGAUUUGGUUACAGUCCAUCCCGCCAGGGGUCAGCACCCCAUUGCCAGCACAACUUAGGGGUCGGGCAUUUCAGACAAAUGAUUUUGAGGAGGCAUCGGACCAAGAUCCCUGGGAUAAGCUUGAGUUGAUAAAGUCUCAGUUAGCAGAAUUGGCAGCAAACGUGGAGCAGCAUGGCCAUUAUUUGUUUAGGGUCGGCCUUUAGGAUGCGGGGGCACACGCCGGAGCCUUUAUUCCCAGCAUCGGUGUUUCUUUACGAGGCAUGUUACAGAGUUUGAGCAUGACAGACAACCCAGGACCAUCCCAGUCAGGACCGUCGCAUUCAGGAGCAGCUUGAAGAGUCAUUCUAUUUAGGUGUUUUGAGAUUGUCUUAUGUUGUCUUUUACUUUCGCUUCUUGUCUAGGAGUACUGAGUCCUUUAGGUAGCGGCAGAGUCUGUCAUAGUGUAGUCAAGUCUGUUAUGUCUUUCAUUAUCGUACUUCUCUUUGUAUUUUAAUAUCGAAAAAAGUUUUAAUCGAAAAAUCCCAAAAAGCUUUUGUUUUUA